AUGGCGGUCUUGUCACUGCCGCUUACAUUCCAGAACUCGUUCUGGUCACAGAACUACAGGAAGGGUCUUGAGGUGUUGUACGCCCAGCUCGAGAAGGGGGUCCUCGAGGAUGAAGAGAUCAUUGCUUUUAUUCGGGUGCGGAGAGCGUUUUCGCAUGAUGAAGGUGCAUCCUUGCACGUUGCGUUCCGCGGUUUGAAGGAAGAAUCCAUCGCGCAGGGCAAGGCGCACGAGGCGAUUGCCGUGGAACUGAAGGACACCGUUGCCGACCCAUUCGAGAAGUGGGCCCUCGGCUACAAGGACAGGCUAAAAGGCAGCAAGCAGACCAUGCUCGACGGUUGGAUGCUUGCGUAUGAAAUGGCGCAUACUGACGUCGCGAAACUCAAAAACGACUACCUAACGAAGAUCCGUAAGGCAGACGAGGCUGAGGACGAUGCGCGAUUCGCACCUAUACCGCCACCCGUCGGUGACAAGUACACGACCUCGCCCAGCUUGCAGCCGCGAGACAGACGUGACGUGCCGACGCGUACGGCGACAGUGUCUGAGCGCAUUACGCAGCGGUUCAAGGAGUUCCGCCUCGGUGCUUCAACUGGUGCUCAAGAGAAGUCGGAAGUCCACUUCGACGCCGACGUUGAGGAGAAGGGUACCCCGAAAUUGGACAAAGGUAAGGGUCGCGCUUUAGACGUUGCUUCCCCGCCUCGCAUUGCAUCCCCCCCGCCUAUGUCGCCGCCCUUGCCACCUGCUAGGAUGAGCGGUACCCCACCUACCAGAAUCAACACGAAUCCCAGCCCGCCACAGCCCGCACCGCCAAUCAUGGUCGCCGGCCUGACGUAUACACCUGCGGAGCUGUCUGCAUUGUUCAAGCGCGCAAAGAGCGAGCUACCGCUGCGUGCAGUGCGUUUCCCGCUGAUAGGCGAGUACCAGGAUGUGUUCAGUGGAGAAGACUUCGCAACAUGGCUCAAGGAGAAGGUGGAGGACUUCGGAGGGAAUCUGGACCGUGCGGCAUUUGCUGCACGGGAGCUGACGGAAAAGCACAACCUCCUGCGGAGGCUUGGUGAGUUGGGCAACGACUAUGUAAACGCUUCGGAUGUGUUCUACCAGAUUAGGCCCAAGAAGAGCUUGUCUCCGUUGGCCGAAAAUGUUGCAAAGGGCACAUCCACCUUCGCUUCUUUGGUCUCGAAGGCGCUCAACACGAACAACGCUGAGCCUGCUCAUAUCAGGGCACGCCGCGAGGCCGAGGCAGCAGACAGGGAGUACCGCAUUUCGAUCCGCAAGCUAGACAGACAGAGGCUCGCGCUCGAGGAGCGGAUCGAGGACACACUAAAGACGCUUCAGAAAUGGGAGCUGGAUCGGCUGCGCGCGGUCAAAACUGUGUUACGCCAGUACCAGGACGCAGUAUCGAAGCUUGCGAAAGCGAAUGAGCCGUCAUUCGACCGUUCUGCAGUACUCAUCGACUCAUAUCACCCCGAGGCGGACCUUAAAGUGUUCAUCGAGCGUCACCGUACGGGUCCUUUCCGUCCUGAGCCCCAGGUGUACGAGUCCGUCUCACAUGACGAGUCGGAUGUCGUAUUCGGCAUUGACCUACGACGGUGGGUGGAUAGUGGGAUCUGGCACGGUGCGAGUCCGGACGAGAAGAGGGACGACAUUCCGCCGGUGUUGACCGUGAUGCUUGCUGCGUUGAACGAGGCUUAUGACAAGCUGCCUAAUGACGUGGAGAAACGGAAGACGUGGAUCUAUGAUGUUCCCUUACCAGCUGUCCACCACUUACGGGAGACACUGAACGCCGUGCCCACUGAACAACCCCUACCUAACGAUAUCCUUGCAAAGUACGAUGCGCCUGUCCUCGCAGGUGCUAUCAAGCUAUGGGCACUCGAGUUAGAUCCCCCACUAGGGAUGUACGAGAGCUGGGACGAGCUGCGCAAGCUCUACCCGACAGUCGGCUCUGGUGCAAAGGCUGAGGCGCACCCUUCGGAAGAACAGCACAUCCAAGACGUCCAAGGUGCUCUGCAGAGGUUGCCGAGGGUUCACCUUCUGGUACUCGACACUAUCGUCAAGCACUUGAAGAGUCUCAUUGCGUCUACCUCCACCGCUGAGAAUGAGGAAUCUAACGAGAUCUACGUCAACAAGCUCUCGCUUGCAGUGGGUAGAGCCGUUAUCAGGCCUAAGCAGGAGAACGAGAUCUCUAUUCAAGAUCGUCAUCCCACCUUGCUGUUUAUGGAUCUACUGAACAAGUACGAGGAGAUCCUGCCGCCUACCCUCGAGAAGAAGAAACGCGAAUCUCAACGCAAGAUGCCUGUCCGCCGGCGCACGCGACCAGUUGACAUGCGCAUGAGUCGUAGUCGCAUCUCAGCUGGCGCUGACCUAAGAGAGCUCCAGCAACAAGAGUUCGAGCAACGGACGGGUUUGAAGCUUUCGAAGGCUUCGCCACCUCUACCCAACGCCCCUGCUCCUAGCGGUGCUGCAGAACUUCCCGCCAUCCCAGGAAGUUCUAAUCCCCCGACUGCAGACUCUGAGCAGCCCCAACCGACAGCGGUACAUGCCGAACCUGAGGAUCUCCCGUCGAUCCCGCCGGGACCGCCUCCGCCAGCUCCCGGUGACAUUUACAUCCAGGUUAAGAGGAGCCUGCCCCAAAUACCUCCGCCGCCGCCUCUUGAUGCACCUGCAGCGCCAGCUGUCCCGUCCCCGUCUAUGCAGGCUGCAGGCGCGCCCCCCAUGUUUAAGGAGCCUCCUCCAGAGACGGACGACCUCCCGCCUCGGCCGAUGUUCAAGGAGCCCGAGCCGGAGGUAGAGUCGCCCGUGGGGAGCAUGCCCAUGCCCGCAUUCGCACCACCACCACCUGAGCCCGCUUCGCCUCCGACGAGGUCGCCUGCGUUCAGGGAGCCGCCCCCGGAGCGGGAGGACACUAUCUCUCCCCCUCCGCCCCACGCACACAUCCCGUUGGCACUGAGGCCGGGGAGCAGCCGUCCCGCAUCCCCGCGCGUCCCGGCGCAAAGCUCGCGCAGUCCCUCGCCGACAAAACCCAUCACUCCGUCGCCGACGACGCCGUCGAUGACCGACGUGAACCGCCUGCGGGGUCCGCGUCUCGCGCGCGGGCCGAGGGUGUCUGGCAGCUCCGUCAGCAGCAUGGUGAGCAGCCUCAACCGGCAGUCGACCGGGGGUUCGCGACCAGGCUCGCCUGGUGUGAACGGCGGCGGCGCGACGGGCUUGUCGCGCAAUAGCUCCCGGACGUACGGUGGCGGGCAUGCCAAGCGAGGGAGCAUCAGCCGUGUGUCGGAAUUUUCGCGCAGAACGAUGGCGAGCGAUGCGGAGGACGAGGUGGUGGACAAGUGAGAUGAGGAUCUAGCGAUUAUAUAUAUUGGCGGACGGUCUCUGGGAGAUCUCGACGGACGUCGUUUUCUUGCUUUCAUUUGCGGUAGGAUACUUGUACGUCGGUCAUGCGCAGGUGAUAUGACUAUGCUUGCAAAUAUAUGAAUCGUUUAUGUAUGGA